AUGGCACAGAACUGUGAAAUCCCCCACCAAGCCUCGGAAUCUGUUGAUGACGGGGGAGCAAAUCGUUCUCCAGGUGGCGAGGUCGGUGUGACGCUGAGGUUUUGCGACUUCAUAGUCCAGACACAAUUUGAAAGCAUACCGCCUCAAGCUCUCGAAAAGCUCUUAGAUCUCAUUAUCGACCACAUUGGUGUUGGUGCCAGUGGAGGUGCUCAGUCGGAGUCGAGCAGGUACAUCAUCACGGGCGUCGAGGCUUUCACUGGAGGUGCCACAGGAGAAAGCAUUGUGUACGGCAAGGAAAAACGGUACCCGGUCCCUACCGCUGCAUUGCUAAAUGGAGCAUUCGCGCACUCAUUCGACUUUGACGAUACGCUUGCUGUCGGCGUUGUUCAUCCUGGCGCAAGUAUUAUUCCUGCAGCCCUGGCUCAAGCCCUAGAGUCCGAUGCUUCUGGGAAGCUUCUUCUUACAGCCAUCUCAGUUGGAUACGAGGUAGCCUGCCGUCUCGGGCGGGCCUUGUCGACCGGCGGUUAUCCCAGAGGCUUCCACAACACAAGCACGGCGGGGAUCUUCGGGGCGGUGGCCGCCAUCAGCAAGAUCAAGGGUCUUUCGCCAGAGCAGAUCUACAACGCCUUUGGAUUGGCUGGUUCGAAAGCCGCGGGCUCGAUGCAAUUCCUUGACAACGGAUCUUGGAAUAAAAGGCUACACCCUGGCUUCGCAGCUCACGAUGCCUUUCUGUGCGUGGCAUUGGCGGAGGCUGGCGUCACAGGGGCGUCACACAUAAUCGAGGGAAAAUGGGGGUUCCUACAGGCACAUUCUGCAGAAGUCAAUACUGUCGGUCUCACGGACGACCUUGGCACGGAGUGGCUUUACCCCGCGACGGCUUUGAAGCCGUUCCCUGCCUGUCGCUUCACUCACACCGCCAUCGAAGUGACCGCAAACGUUGCGGCGAAGGCCAUGACACAGAGAUUGCCAGAGAAGAUCACCGUCCGGUUGACUCGCGCUGGCUACGGCAUUGUCGGCGAACCCAGCCCAAACAAGCGACACCCCAAGACGAUCGUCGAUGCCCAGUUCAGCAUUUACUAUCAGAUAGCGAUUGCUUGGCUUUUCGGCAUGGAAACCGGUUGGAGUGCAUACGAUGUCGAAAAGAUGCAGAGCAAGCAAGUGGCCGAUCUUUGCGACAGGAUUGAGGUCAUCAUUGACGUGAUGAUUGGAAAAGAAUUUGAGGCGAAGAUGUCGUUUGUCGGCGUCGAUGGUUUAGGUGAUGUCGAGGAUGCCAUGGUAUAUCCUCUUGGAGAAAACGAACAUCCACUCUCGAGUGAGAGGGUUCAAAAGAAAUUCUUGGGUCUGGUUGCUUCUGUAUAUGGCACCCGCCGUGCUGGAGAAAUCCUGGAGGCUGUGCGCAAGCUUCCCGCCGGUUCGUCGAGUGAUUUGAUCGCACUGCUCUGA